AUGACGGUGGCUUUUGACUCUGAAGGCGCCUCGGACUGCAAUGUUUCCAGCCUGCAGUCAUCGCCCUACUUCCAAAAGUUGCUUGCCGCUGCACGGAAAACUCUCAGAUCGGAGGAGGCAUUGAGAGAAGCUGGUGUUUGUUUCGAGGAAAGUGCCUUUGAUGGUCCCUCUGUGAAGAGAGAUUGCUAUUACUGUGGUAAUAACCGAAUGACUUAUGUUACUAUGCAAACGCGUUCUGCGGAUGAGGGUCAAACUGUAAUUUACACAUGCACGCAGUGUAAGAAGAAAGAAGUUGAACACACUUAA